AUGUUGAACCUCAGUAUCUUUGACCUUUUAGUCCCCGUAUUUGUUCUACUUUUGGCCAUCUUAUACCUUCCAGUGACACUUCUACUCCUGCUCAAAGAUGGGAAAUUCUCCGAGCUAUCUUCCUGGACGUCUUUCGAAAAAGCCUGGUUCUCCCGGUUCUGGUCCUUUUUUGGCAUGGCCUCCAGGGCUUUAUUUGCUCCCGACGUCGAAAAGGUCCUAUCCGCCGCCCACGGAGUCGUCCUAGACAUCGGGACUGGGUCGGGGGAUUGGAUAUAUCUAUUUUCAGAAGAGAGAAAUAGUAAUAUAUCCAAGCUCUACCUGGUUGAGCCUAACACGGCCUUCCACCCUGACCUACAGAAAAGAGUGAGGGAGUACGGAUUGCAGGAGAAGUGUCAGAUCGUCAGGCGAACCGAGGACCUCAAAGAUUAUGGUGUGCAGCACGGCUCGGUCGACACGAUCAGCACGGUUCAUGUGCUGUGUAGUGUCGCAGCACCGGAUUCCCUAGUGAGACUACUAUACUCGUAUCUCCGGCACGGUGGACAGUGGCUCGUGUACGAACAUGUCAAAGCAAGCAACAAAUGGAGCGUGGCGGGCGCCUGGCAAGCCGGGAUUAAUACCGUCUGGCCUCUAUGUCUGGACGGGUGCUCGAUGACUCGAGAUACAAAAGAGACCCUCUUGCACAAUUGCAAAUGGACGUCGACCAACUUACGUCCUGGUUCAAAUGAGGGUCGAUUUAAUCCACUCCCGCAUAUAGUAGGGGUAUUGGUAAAGUGA